AUGGACUUAUACUGUCAGAAAUGCUCAAAGGCAUUGGAACUUAAUGAGUCUUUGUUGGAUAUCGAUCAUAGUGUAUUCUUGAAUAAGGACUGUGAUCAAGUAUUAGCAACAGUAAAGGAGUUACAGGAAAGGGCACUAAAGAGCAAUGUACAACAACAACAACAACAGCAUCAACAACAAUAUCAUCAGAACCCUUCGAUGCUACAGAGGACUGAAUCAUUGCAGACUAUGAUGAUGGGAGGGCCACACUCUGCAUCGAUGGUGUCGAUGCCAGGCACUGGCUCAUCAAUACCUCUGUCUUCAUCGUUCGCCGCGACAUCUGGGUACCUGCCCAACCCUAGCUAUAGCACAAACAACAUGUCGACGCUAUCCGCCUCGUACGCAACAUCACAUCUUCAUCAACAUGACAAGGCGACGAACCAACCACUGAUGAAGUUCAAGACUGGUCUGUUCCGCAAGAAGAGCUCCCACCACGCUCACGUCAAGCACAUCGAGUAUCAGCAGCAACACCCCAUCAGCAACAGCAACUUCCAGCCACAGACCACGCUGAGCAGCAGCCAGCAGUCGAUGGCCGCACCAACGUCUGCCGCCGCCCUGGACAACAGCAGCGGCAGCAUCAACAACGACACCACCGCCAACUCAUCCACCUCAUCGUUGACCGAUUCGACCGGCUCAGGCGUAAGCAUGAGCACGUCACCGUCAUCAUCAUCGUUUGGAUCACUGUCCAAACAUCGCACAAAGACCAUGCCCACCCAGCCCAGACUGCAGAAGCAACACUCCACUAGCAGUCUCAACUCUGAAUCACCCUCGGCGACCACAGACAUGUCCAAGCAGUUCGAAGGCAUGGACAUCACUCAAUCUGGUGGCGGUGAGCCGACCAAGAGAGCUGUAUCAUCGUCGUCGACGACAAAGAGACAGGGCAACAUCAGAUCGAGCACCAACAGGAGCACUCUUGGCAUGUCGUCUCAGGGCACGCCACCAACAUCGCCACUGUCCAGCAGCACAAGGCCCAACAACUUUGUCAGUCCUCAGCAGCAGCAAAAGAAUAGCAAACUCAAGUACUUGCGAUCCAACUCCAAGUCUUUCAGUCUGGCAUCGCUGCCCAACAUCCAGGGCGACCUGGCUGCAUCGGCACCAAUGUCCGUGUACAACAACAAUCAAAUGUCGCCGCCUCCCCAUGGUGUGAGCAACUACAACUCACCCCAGUCGCCGCCCAACCACCUCGUCCCCAAUGGCCUUCAAAACUCAGUGUCGUCAACAACGUCGCCAAUCGGCUCGCCACCAGUUGCUGUCACUACUGGCGGUGCAGCACUCGGCGGCGUAGGCAAUGGCGCUGUUCCCCACAACUCAAUCAAAUACCUGCAGGUGAUCACAUUGUUCAAGACGAGCACUGAGCUGAUCGGCUACGACCUUCCCCUGUGUUUCGAGUGCGCCAAGCUCGUCCUCACCGAGAUGGACUCGGACAACAGUCUGGCCGAGCGCGAGAUAAAAGUGUACAGCGACAUGCUGGAAGGACUGAACAGACAGGUGUCUGCACAGGAUGAGGCCAGCGUCGACCGCGAGAUUGAGCAGCUCGAGGAGACCGAACGGUUCUACUUUAACAAUCUGGACGCGCUGCGAAGAGAGCGUCAGCACAUCGCGACGAUCACCGACGAUCUGCUACAACGACAACAACAACUGGCCACAUUGGAAAACAAGUAUUGGAGCGCCUACAGCGAGCAGCAGGUCGACUCGUACCGACUCCAAGAUGACCGCGACUCGGUGCUCACUCAGACAACCACCACCAUCGACAGGCUGCGACGCCUCAAGGAGACAAACAUCCUGAACGAUGCGUUCCACCUCUGGUACGAUGGACACUUUGGCACGAUCAACUCGCUGCGUCUGGGCCGACUCCAGUCGCAACCGGUCGAGUGGAAUGAGAUCAACUCGGCGUGGGGUCUGUCCAUCUCGCUGUUGGACAACCUUGCCAAGCGUCUCAACUACAAGUUCAAGCAGUACAGGCUGAUACCCAACGGCUCAACGUCCAAGAUAGAGGACAUCACCAACAAGACCGUCUACGAGCUCUAUGGCUCCAGCGACAUCUCGCUCGGACGUCUGUUCUGGUAUGGUCGCUUCGACAAUGGCAUGGUAUCAUUCCUGCAGUGUCUAAAGGAGCUGUGUGAGCACGUCAAGAAUGCGCACGACCCAACAUUCGAGGUGCCCUACACGAUCGAGAACGAUCACAUCAAUGGCAUGCUGAUCAAGAUGCAGUUCACCAACGAGGACACGUGGACCAAGUCACUCAAGUACAUGCUGACCAACCUCAAAUGGCUGUUGUCAUGGGUGGCCAAGAAUGAGUCCACACAACCAAUGGAGAUACACUCGACCAAGCGAUCCAACAAUGCAUCUGGCAACAGUAGUCUGUCCACAACGCCAUCGCCACAUUCAAACAACAACAACAAUACACCAAAUGGAGGAAGUAAUGCGACAAACAAUGGCGGCAUCAUCACAACGACCACAACAUCCACUGGCAGUACACCAAGCAAGUCCUCUUCUUCUUCUUCCAAGUCCAGCCACAAUAAAUGA